AUGACAGCGAUGUACACGGAGGAGAACGAGGAGAAAGUUUUGUCCGGGCAGCCCGACUACGUUGUGGACUGCAUUGACAAUAUCGACACAAAGGUCGCUCUUCUGUCUGCCUGUGUGCGCCGUGGCCUGCCUGUCAUCAGUGCCAUGGGGGCAGGCGCUCGAGCAGACCCCACUCGCAUUCGCAUCGCUGACAUCAGCGAGUCGUCCAUCGACCCGCUCUCCCGUGCGGUGCGGCAGCGGUUGCGCAAGGCGCUGGGGGCAGCAGCGGCAGUGGAGGCGGUGUUUUCUCUCGACCGCCCCAAGGCCAAACUGCUGCCAGUUGCUGACGAGUCACUUCAGCCUGCUGACCUCCAGGUGGUCCCAGGGUUCCGGGUAAGAGUCAUCCCUGUCCUGGGAACCAUCCCAGCCAUGUUCGGCCUGGCGCUGGCGACACGUGUCGUCACCUCAUUGGCCGGAAUGGACGUGGGGUUUGAGCCGGUGUUGCGGCUGAGUGCGGACCAUUACUCGCUGCUGCACCAACGACUGGUGGAAAGAGAGGAGAUGCGGUUUGGAUCGGCUCAAGAGGUGGAGGUGGACAUGGAUGACGUCAUGUUUGUGGUGAGGGAGGUGUGGAGGGGCCGCAGCGCAUGGCAGCUUCUCCGAGAGAAGGAAGCUGCCGAGAAGCUUCUUCACAGCCGUUCAGGGCUGGGAGGGGGUGAAGAGUCACAGCAAGCAGUUGAGACGGAGGAGGAGGGGGGCCAGAAGAGAGAACAGGAAAAGGGGGAGAACAUGGGAGAGCAGGCGGAGGAAAGGGGUGUUCAAGAACAGCAUUUUGGAGAAAGAACUCUGGGUGUGGAGCAACAAGAGGAGCAGAGGGAAGGGGAGGAGGGAUGGAACGCGGCACUCCCUCCCACGAUUGACAAUCUCAUUCUCUUCACAUUUGACGAGGCGGAAGCACAUGAAGCAAUGUCAAUGGAGCAGGUGGAGUCAGAGCAUCCGGAGCUCUUCCAAUUGGUGGAUGUCACACUGGAGAGAGCUCGGAGAUUGUACACGUAG